GAGUACGGUAACUGUGUCUGUGCUGACUACUGUCAAAUGCGCUUGCGUACGCGCAACAGUAACGUGAUUGACUGGUUACACCUGAGUGAUCUUUUAGAGCACGGUCUCGAAUGGACCGGUAACGUGUCGGCGAGGAAAAAGCGGAAGCCGUACACAAAAUACCAGACAUUAGAAUUGGAAAAGGAGUUUCUGUUCAACGCGUACGUUUCGAAACAAAAGCGGUGGGAGCUGGCCCGGAACUUGAACCUUACGGAACGGCAAGUGAAGAUAUGGUUUCAGAACAGACGCAUGAAACAGAAGAAGCAGCAGCAGCGCUCGCAGGCGGAGUCGACGUCGACGUCGCAAAUCUCGUUGCAGCAGCAGACCGCUUCAUCGACCAACUCCGAAUGA